AUCUUUCUAGUACCGCCAGUUAACAGGCCCCCUCUGGCCUGUAUGGGGUUCACGCCCUAGAAAGUCCUCACAGGUGUGAGUGCCCAGCGGCGGCAGUCCACAGCAAGGAGUCUGAGCGGGCCAGAGCAGGACGUCACUCGCUCCCAGGCUGUCAGCAAGGAAAAGCCUGGGGUCCUGAACUGCCUCUUGCGUCACAGCAGGAUUAAAGACAUGUGGUUUCCAAGGAGAUGCUCGAGUGACUUCUAAGGUUCCAUUGGAAGGAUCAGGGUAUAUCUCAAGGUGCUGCCUGCAGGAGCCUGCAAGGAGAUGAAGGCCAAGCAGGUCAAGGUGAAGUGAUUCCCUAAGCAGCCAGAAGCAGCAGCAUCAAGGAGUUUUGUCUAGGACGAAAGGCAGAGAAUACAUUACAUUCACUUUCCAUACUGGGGAAGUUCUGGAAGGGUUUACUGCAGUAGUGCGCCUGCGCAGUUGGUCUCCACCAAGUCGCCCGCUUUCUCCGGUCCGGCUAGCAGGGGGCGCUGUGAGCAGACUCCCGCCUACCGGCCGCCGACCGCGACCAUGGUCUCCAAGUCCGACCAACUGCUCAUCGUCGUGUCCAUCCUAGAAGGUCGCCAUUUCCCCAAACGUCCAAAACAUAUGCUUAUAGUAGAAGCAAAGUUUGAUGGAGAGCAGUUGGCUACUGAUCCUGUGGACCAUACAGACCAGCCAGAAUUUGCUACUGAGUUAGCCUGGGAAAUUGACAGGAAAGCACUUCAUCAGCACAGGCUACAGCGUACUCCUAUCAAACUGCAAUGUUUUGCCUUGGAUCCUUCAACUUCAGCCAGAGAAACUGUUGGUUACGUUGUUCUAGACUUAAGAACUGCUCAAGAAACAAAGCAGGCACCAAAAUGGUACCAGUUGCUGAGUAAUAAAUACACUAAGUUCAAGUCUGAGAUACAGAUAAGCAUUGCUUUGGAAACAGACACGAAGGCACCAGUGGACAGUUUUAAAGCAAAGGGAGCCCCUCCUCGUGAUGGAAAAGUACCUGCCAGCCUGUCUGGACUUGACCCAAAGGACAUCGUGGCAGUGCUGAAUGAGGAGGGAGGCUACCAUCAGAUCGGACCAGCAGGGUACUGUACUGACUUCUUCAUCAUGUCAGUGACCAUAGCAUUCGCCACCCAGUUGGAGCAGUUAAUUCCAUGUACCAUGAAACUUCCAGAAAGACAGCCUGAAUUUUUCUUUUAUUAUUCUUUACUGGGAAAUGAUGUUACAAAUGAACCCUUCAGUGAUUUGAUCAACCCAAACUUUGAGCCAGAGAGAGCAUCUGUUCGUAUACGGAGCAGUAUAGAAAUUCUUCGUGUUUACCUAACUCUUCAUUCUAAACUACAGAUCCAUCUCUGCUGUGGAGAUCAGUCACUUGGAAGUACAGAAAUACCCUUAACAGGACUACUGAAAAAGGGUAGUACAGAAAUCAACCAUCGCCCAGUCACAGUUGAGGGUGCUUUUACCCUUGACCCUCCAAACCGAGCCAAACAAAAGCUUGCACCUAUUCCUGUGGAGCUGGCCCCCACUGUGGGAGUGUCUGUGGCUCUGCAGAGAGAAGGCAUGGAUGCCCAGUCUUUAAUUGAAUUAAAGACCCAGAACGAACAUGAGCCACACCAUUCAAAGAAGAGAGUUUUAACCCCCAUAAAGGAGAACACACAUACUGGGCCACAGUCACCAAGCGAGUCCCCUGUUCCACCUCACAACCAGUCACCUCCAACAAAAGACGAUGCAACAGAAAGUGAAGUGGAAAGCUUACUGUAUGAUAAGGACACAAAACUCAAUCCAAAGGCCAUCAGUUCUUCUGUACCUGCGUUACUGGCCAAGCCAGUGACAACAUCUGUUGCUUCAGAAACAGCCUCAGGACAGAAGAUUGCUGUUCCUGCAACAUCACAUCAUUUUUGCUUUUCAAUAGACUUGAGGAGUAUCCAUGAUUUGGAGGUUGGCUUUCCAAUCAACUGUGUACUAAGGUACUCAUAUCCUUUCUUUGGAAGUGCAGCUCCUAUUAUGACUAACCCUCCUGUAGAAGUUCGGAAAAACAUGGAGGUUUUUCUUCCCCAGUCUUACUGUGCAUUCGAUUUUGCAACUUUGCCUCAUCAGCUCCAGGAUACCUUCCUAAGGAUUCCAUUGCUGGUUGAAUUAUGGCACAAAGAUAAAAUGAGUAAAGAUUCACUUCUGGGAAUCGCCAGAAUCCAACUUUCUAACAUCUUGUCUUCAGAAAAAACUCGCUUUUUAGGUUCUAGUGGUGAACAGUGUUGGCGACAAACUUUGAGUGAAAGCGUGCCUGUUGUCGCAACACAAGGGUCAAAUAACAGGAUAGUAGAUCUUUCUUACACAGUGACUUUAGAGGAUUACGGACUAGUGAAAAUGCGUGAGAUUUUUGUCUCUGAUUCAUCCCAGGGUUUAUCUGCUGUACAACAAAAGCCAUCUUCUGUUCCUCCAGCACCCUGUCCUUCAGAAAUCCAGACAGAGCCUCGUGAAACCUUAGAAUACAAAGCAGCACUUGAGCUAGAAAUGUGGAAAGAGAUGCAAGAAGACAUUUUUGAAAAUCAGCUAAAGCAGAAAGAACUGGCUCAUAUGCAAGCUCUUGCUGAGGAAUGGAAGAAAAGGGACCGAGAGAGAGAGUCACUAGUAAAGAAAAAGGUGGCUGAAUAUACUAUUCUUGAAGGAAAACUUCAAAAAACCCUAAUUGACUUGGACAAGCGAGAGCAGCAGCUUGCCAUUGCAGAAUCAGAGCUUCAAAGAGAAAGAAGGGAACUGAAAUCAGAGCGUGAACGGAACCUGCAAGAACUCCAGGAUUCUAUCCGGAGGGCCAAGGAAGAUUGUGUUCACCAAGUAGAGCUGGAAAGGUUGAAGAUGAAGCAACUAGAAGAGGAUAAACACCGACUUCAGCAGCAACUCAAUGAUGCUGAAAAUAAGUAUAAGACUUUAGAAAAAGAGUUCCAUCAGUUCAAAGAUCAGCAAAGCAGCAAACCAGAAAUUCGACUACAGUCUGAAAUAAAUCUUCUCACUUUGGAAAAGGUUGAACUUGAAAGAAAGUUGGAAUCUGCAACCAAGUCUAAACUGCAUUACAAGCAGCAGUGGGGACGAGCUUUGAAAGAACUUGCCAGACUUAAACAGCGAGAGCAAGAAAGUCAAAUGGCUCGUCUUAAAAAACAGCAGGAAGAACUGGAACAGAUGAGACUACGUUACCUGGCCGCUGAGGAAAAAGAUACAGUAAAAACCGAGAGACAAGAAUUGUUGGAUAUAAGAAAUGAACUGAACAGGUUAAGGCAACAAGAACAAAAACAGUACCCAGAUUCCAGAGAGAUUGCGAGUGGAAAAAUGGAUGGGCCCCGUGGCAGUGCACUGGAAGAAGGUUUGGAUGAUUAUUUGACUCGCCUAAUAGAAGAAAGGGAUACUUUGAUGAGGACGGGUGUGUAUAAUCACGAGGAUCGAAUAAUAAGUGAACUCGACCGACAGAUCAGAGAGGUUUUGGCAAAAAACAAUGCCAGUAACUAGUAACUUUUUGAAAAACUUUGCCUGAGACGCUGGGUCUAAAUUUUAAUUGUAAAGCCCUCAAACGAAGGGAAAUAGCUGUUUUAAAAUGCAGUUUUCAAUUUUUUAUAAGCAGAACUUUGUACGUUAUUGUAUAGUAUUUAUUUGGUUUUAUUUGCUGUGUGCUACCUCUCCCACCCUGGUUUAUGUGUAAUUGUAUUUUAUAUGCUCAGUUUUUAAAGACGUCAGUGUUUAUCAUUUCAUGGCUAACUUUCAAAACAGCUUUUCUCUAAAUUUGUUCUCAGAGAAAUGACUAUACUAAUUUCCAGUUAUAUAAUUUUUUAUGUUGAGCCAAAAGAGUGUAUGUUGCACUUUAAAAAUGCUGUUCAUUUGAAGAGAUAUCUUAAAAGUUGAUACCACUUAAAAUCCAACUAGUAUUAUUUAAUUCAUUUUAGAUUACCUUUUGUUAACUUGAAACAUUUGCAGAGAAGUCAUAUGUCAUCUAUUGAGUGACAAAUUAGUCAUUUAUUUAAGAUAAAGUUAGUACAGAUUAAACUUGUUUCGAUAGCUAUUAAAUUUUCAAACUUAAGAAUAUGAAGUAAUAGCUUAAUAAGUCUUCUCUGUCAGUCUCCUGCUCAAGAUUGCAUUGUUUUCUUUUUUUUUUUAAGAUUGCAUUGUUUUCUUUUGUUGAAAGAGAUUUCAUUGUCCGGUAAUAGUAAUACUAGUUGUUAACAUAAACCCUCUGUAAUAAAACAAGAAAGCAGACACACAAACGCUUCAGCUAAGAAAGUAGAGUGGAAACCUAUUUUUGAUUUUCCCUAGUUUUAAUCAAUCUUUUACAAAAGUACAUGAGACUAAGUCAUUGUAUCGAUGUAGUGCCAUGUCAAUAUAAAUUUUUAAGGACUCCUUUAUGUAAAAUUGUUCAGAGCAAACAUUUGCCCUCAGAGCAACACUUUCCACUUCCUUUUACCAGGUACUGAAAAGGUUUAAUUAGCAAAUUCACAGAUUAGGUCAGCUUUACAAUAGAUGUAGUUUAAAAUUUCUUAUUCCCAAAUAUAAUAAAUUUAAGUAUAUACUUUAGGAAGUAUAUACUAUUUACUGAUAACGUCCACAAAAGCAGAAUAGGCUAUUUUCUUUGUUUUCAAGGAGGUAUAUUUCUUGUUUGGGAAAUUAAAGUCCCUCCAUGCUUUAUAUUUUCUUUUUUUCCCUUAUUACCAAGUGUUAAUCCAGAAACAACCCAACAGUAAAUCCAGAAAUUACUGAAUGAGAGAAUAAUAAAUAUGAGAAUUAUAGAAAGAAUGUGAAAUAUUAAUUAUGGCUAAACAUUUUCUCUCAUUGAUUUUUGUGCCACAUGAAAAGAAGUAUUCUUUUUGUUUGGGAAGGUCUGGGGUAAAACAUUGUGACUGUGCCUUCAGCUGCCUGUGUGCUGCAUGUGAUGUUUUCAAACACUAGAGGGGGCCUUAGAUUUAAAGAAACAAAAGGGACAGUUGUAAGUGGGUGUGUGGUUUGCCUUCUCUAAUCUUUUGGCUAUGUAUUUUAUCAAAUAAAAAUCAUAAUUGUACACA